AGAGAGAGAGAGAGAGAGAGAGGGAAACAUUUCCUGAUGGAUCGUUGAAUAAAGUGGGAGCAUGAGAGGAGGAUCAGAGCAGAAAGGAGGAGGAUCUACAAUGGCAGCAGAAGAGAAACCUGCUGUGAAGAGCAGCAGCUCCAUUAUACCAUGUUUCCUAUUUGUGGAGCUGGUGAUCAUGGCAGGCACCGUGCUCAUGGCGUACUACUUUGAAUACACGGACACCUUCCCCGUGCACAUCCAGGGCUUCUUCUGCUUCGACAAGGCGUUCUCCAAACCGUACCCGGGACCGGAUGAGACCAGCAACGUGCCGCCGGUGCUCGUGUACUCGCUGAUAGCUGCUAUUCCCACUAUAACCAUUUUGGCUGGUGAGGUGAUGGUGUUUUUCAUGAGGGCGGAGGGCACGCAGGAGAAGACAAUCGUCACUGCAGACUGCUGUUACUUCAACCCUCUGCUGAGGCGCAUCAUACGCUUCCUCGGUGUCUACACCUUUGGCGUCUUCACCACCACUAUCUUUGCGAACGCCGGACAGGUAGUGACAGGAAACCAGACGCCUCACUUCCUGUCGGCAUGCAGACCAAACUACACAGCACUGGGCUGCCAUUCAAACCUCCAGUACAUCACCGAACGCAAAGCCUGCACCGGAAACCCGCUCAUAGUGGCGUCUGCCAGAAAAUCCUUCCCCUCCAAGGACGCAGCGCUCAGUGUUUACUCUGCAGUGUACACUGUGAUGUAUGUGACGCUGGUGUUCAGGACUAAAGGGACGCGUCUGACCAAACCCACACUCAGUCUGACUCUGCUGUGUCUGGCCAUGUUGGUGGGUGUUGUUAGAGUGGCUGAAUACCGAAACCACUGGUCGGACGUCCUCGCCGGAUUCUUCACCGGUGGAGCCAUCGCUGUGUUUCUGGUGACAUGCGUGAUCAACAACUUCCAGCAGACAAAGCCUCCUCCCCCGGCGGUGCGAGUCCAGCGGCCUGAGUCUGUUCUGGGCAUGCCCAUGGUGGCGCUGCCCUGCGUUGAGAGUCCACUUGAAAAACUCCAAGGGGAUCUCCAUUCACUGAGAUCACAUGACCAUCAGCCUCAUCGGUUCCCCGUCCCCCCCGAUGUCCUCAUACCGUCUCGCUCCAUUUCCAGCGAAGUCUAGACCAGCCGUCCCAGCACGCGCACCACUGCGCCGCCCACUCCGCGGGACGCUCCAACAACCUGCAGCGCUCCUACUCCACGCAGGUCUAGAUUUCCACACCUCCAACCCCUCAUCCUCCAUACUCCUCCAUGCUGCCGAUAGGGCCUCCACAAACCGCUCAAACAAGCACUUUUAGAGAGCCUGCUCCAAGAACGCAAGAGACCAUGGGCAGGCGUCAUGGUCUUGCCGGAGAGUUUGUUUGGACUGUGGGUGGAGGAUGCGCACCUGCUCAGACCUCUCGAAACCAACCCGACCUACUUCCUGGGGAACCGAUGAAGAAAUCUCGAUCAGCUUUUGGCUGACUCGCAAAAACUUGAUUUUUACUGAAAGUGUCAAAUGUUUUCGUUCUUAUGUACUGUAAAUACAUUGUGUUUCUUGUUC